GCAAGGCUGCCAGAUUUUCAAAAGCGACUCAUGUGGUUGAUUCGAUUCGUAGGGCCGUUUUAAGAUCGUGCAAUGGCCAAGAUACUACAGAAAUACAUAAAGUUCUCGGACAAGGAUCUGGAAAAAUACGCCAGCAGCCCGGGGUCUUGCGUAAUAUGCAUCACGACAGACAUGCACCUGGCGAUGGGACCAUACGGCAUGGCCAGCUUCAAGCACUCGCUCCACGAGCUCCUCAUCCGCACCAAGGUGGGAUUCUACGACGCCAGUCUCAACGGCAUCGUCCUGGCCAUCAAGAACAUCAAGGUGCUGGGUCACACGGCGGGAAUUCGGGCCGAUGACCCGACUAUGCACCUGGCCAUCAAUGCGGACUUUUAUGUCUUCCGGCCAGAGGCGGGGGCCAUUCUGGACGGCGUGGUGCGGCACGUCAGCAAGCUCCAGGUCAGCGCCGUCAUCUACCGGGUCUUCAACACCGCUAUCCUCUUCACCAACAAAAGCCGGAACCGAGAGAACAUCGCCAUGGAGCAGGAGAUCAAGUUCCGCAUAAAGAGCUUUGACAUCAGCAACCUGAUGCCUUACAUCGAGGGGGAACUACUACUUGAUGAGGGCGUGGAGCCAAAGAAUCAAUCCAUAAAGUUUGGCAGCCCCGAACCGGAGGAAAAAGAUGUAAAGGAAGAAGACCCCAAUGAAAUGUUAGAUGCCCUUUUAGCAGAAAUAAAGAAAGAACCUGAUUUUCUCCCACCAAAGGAUCCACAAAAAAAGAAAACUUCAACAAAAAGAAAGAAUGGUCAAAAUGAUGACACAACAAAGACGAAAAAACUGAAAAAAGAAAUAAAAAGCGAGCCAAUAUAGCUUUAAAAUCGAUCGUUGUUAACUUUUCUGUAUAGUACAAAUUAACAAUUAUAUAAUGUCGAAAUGAACGAAUUCGAAAUAACUAGGGCUUUAAGCUGAUUAAAUUUUCUACUAAAAUCGCAAA